CACAUGGUAGUACAAGGUCAACCUUCCAUCAUACCUGGGGAUUGGUAAUAUAUAAAUCUUUAUUUAAAUUCUUACUUUUAUUAUCAAAUAGCAUGUCCAGAGAAUACCGAAACUUUUCUCGCUGAAAAACUACCAAUUUUAAUUGAUCAAGUUAAUAAUGAUGAUAUUAUUCUUGUUACACACUUUGGUCCGUUCAAAACUGGAACCACUGAUGUAGAUAAGUAUCCUUUACAAUCUUCUUAUGCGAUUGAAUCAGGAAGGUAAUUAAUUGAAGCAUUUUACUUUAAUGAUUUGAUUCCUUACUAAUUCUUUGCAAUAAUGAAUGGUCAGCAAAGUUUUACGUGACAUGAUCGCUUCCCGAUCUCCUUUAUCACCAGAUGAAUCAUCUAAACAAUAUAUCAUGCUUAAUAUUCAUGGUCAUUCGCAUUAUCCGUUUGGUCUUUCGCAUAUUGGCCAAACUAUGAUUGUUAAUCCUAGUGCACUAAGAGAUGGCAGAUUUGCAAUCUUGUCUUUAGCGCAAAUAGAUAAAGACGAAUUUAUGGAGAAGGACAAGGAGAGAAGAGAAUAUAUGAAAAGUUUUUCUCGAGACAAAAUUUGGAUCCUUGGAGGAGUGGAAUUUUUAUUAUUAUAGUUAAUUUCUCACAAAAAUGUCCAAUAGUUUAUUAAUUAUUACGGCUUCAAGUAAUUUAACAAAUUUAACAAGAUUUAAAAUUUUUAAAAUCAUGAAUACAUUGAAUACAUUAUUGUAUUUGAAUUCGUGUUCUAUAUGGCAAUAAAUAUAUUAUUUGAUUACGUAUGAAAGUGAUUUGAUUGGUGCUG